UUUAUCACUCUUACUACUGCGAGAUUUUCCAUCUUUAUCUUUAUAUCUACUAGCACUACCUGAAGUGUGAGAAGAGUCCAAGUGCCUACCCAUGUUGGCAUCCACUGAUCUACUGUGUUUACUCGAGAGCGGCGGUGUAUAUCAAGAUUCGGGAAAUUUAAGAGCAAACAUGGAAUAUAUUACUGGCCAAGAAAUUGAUGGAGAAGAGAAAGCAAAAAUAUUAUGUUGCCAAUGUGGUACUUCUAUAGAACCAAAUCCAGCAAAUAUGUGUGUGGCUUGUUUGAGGUCACACAUUGACAUUACUGAAGGGAUCCCAAAACAGGCAACAUUGCAUUUCUGUAAAGGAUGCGAAAGGUAUCUCCAGCCACCAUCUGAAUGGGUUCCAUGUGCCCUAGAAUCACGAGAGCUUCUGUCCCUCUGUUUGAAGAAGCUGAAAGGUCUUCACAGAGUAAAACUGAUUGAUGCAGGUUUUGUAUGGACUGAACCACAUUCUAAAAGGAUAAAGGUUAAACUGACAGUCCAUGCAGAAGUGUUAGGUGGUGCAAUUCUUCAGCAAGUGUUUGUUGUUGAAUACACAGUUAAUCACCAAAUGUGUGAUGACUGUCAUCGCUCAGAAGCACAGGAUUACUGGCGUGCUCUUGUUCAAGUCAGGCAGAAAGCAGAGAAUAAGAAAACAUUCUAUUACUUGGAACAGAUGAUUUUGAAGCAUAAGGCUCAUGAACACACACUUGGAAUCAAACCUAUCCAUGAGGGUCUAGAUUUCUUCUAUCCAACAGAAGCUUAUGCCAGAAAAAUGGUGGAUUUCCUGGUUUCUGUGUUGCCCUGUCGAUUCCAGCACUCCAAGAAGCUGAUAUCUCAUGAUAUCCACAGUAAUGUGUAUAAUUAUAAAUUCACUUACAGUGUGGAGAUUGUUCCCGUGUCAAAGGACAGUGUGAUCUGUUUGCCACACAAACUUACACAUCAGCUUGGAGGAAUCAGUCCCUUAUGUAUUGUGCAUAGGGUGACAAACUGUGUUCACCUUAUAGACCCAACUACAGCACAGAUUGCAGAAGUGAAUAGUACCAUCUUCUGGCGUUAUCCAUUUAACAGCAUAUGCAAUCCAAAACAGCUCACAGAGUACAUUGUUAUGGAUAUAGAACUAAUUCUGAAUAAGAACCGAAAAACAUUCCCAGGACAAGGAGCUGUUUCCAACAAGCAUAUACUGGCUGAUGUAUGGGUGGUAAAGGCAUCAGAAUUGGGUUUGUCUGAGAACACUAUCCAUUCACGAACCCAUUUAGGACACAUCCUCAAGCCUGGAGACUCUGCUCUUGGGUAUGCUUUGGGAGACAGCAACAUUAAUGAUCCCAACUUUGAAAAACUAGAUGCAACUAAAGUACCAGAUGUCAUUCUUGUAAAAAAGCACUAUGGUGAUAAAGGAGCUAGAAGGCGAUUCCGUAAUUGGAAACUGAAGCAUCUUGCUGAAGAGAAAACAAACCUCAACACAGCUACAAAUGAGUACCUUGAAUUUCUGGAUGAUUUGGAGGAAGAUCCAGCAUAUCGGCAGAACGUGAACAUCUUCCACGAUAAAAGCAAGUUUCAAACAGCAGUAGAUGUUGAUGACUUGGGAGAUGAAACUAUUCCACACAUUACUCUGGAUGAAAUGCUGGAUGACCUAAACCUGGAAGAUAUAGAUAUGCAGGAAACUGAAUAGCGAAACAAUAGUAAAAGUCAGUCCUUUUAUCAAAUGCUUGUAAAUUAUUUGAUUCUUUACAUAAUUCAUGAAACAAACGCAGUGGCAAAGUAUUCAAUAAUGUUUCAUGCCACUAACUUCUAAAUUCACAUUCACUCUGUACAUUCAGUAUACGUUCUGAAUCAAACUGCUAUGGAUGCCACUACUGCUUGUAGCAUGUUUUCAGUUGUGUUUCCAAACAUUGAUUACUGUUGCUUAGCAUUUACCCAUAUUUCUUGGUUUUGAAAAUGAACUGCCCAUCCUUACAGGAAUAAAUCACAGGCCAAGUCAGGACUUGAUUGCUGUUUGUUAUUGUGUCACCUCACUAUAGUGAGAGAUGCAGCAUACAAUAUAGAACUAAUGUAUCUGCAUAAAUAUUUUUCAUAAUAUGGGUAUUGUGUUUGAGACAAGUGUUUCAAAACCACUGUAUAGAUUAUAAGCACAUCUAGUUUGUUUGAAAACAGAUUGAUAAAGUUACAGGUUACUUCUGAGAUGUUAUAAAAGUUCAAAUUUUUUAAAUUUCUUUUGAAAGUGACGAUAAAUUAUUUCAUCACUUAUGUUGGUAAAUGAAACUUUGUAUAUGAACUUUAACAAGUAGAAAAAUAUCUUUUGACACACUCUGAAAAUGGUUGUCAGCAGUGAAAAUGUUCUGAAUCCUUGUAAGGCCUCCAUUCCUAUUAAUGCUUCUCAUAUGAAUAAAGAUCCUAGCAAUGCU